AUGUCUUCGUCUCCGUCGGCGGACAGCUCUGCCCCGCACCUCCGCAAGCCCCUUGUCACUAGCAAGGGCGCGGGCGGCGACAUGUCCAUGAUGUUCUUCGCCCAGCCUGACUGCCCCGCGAGGUUUGCCCACCAGGACGAGCACCGCAUCAGAGGCCUUAACGCCGAAGCCAUCGCCCGAGUCCUCCUGCCGGUGCCCUCGUGGCUGCUAGAGUCGGAUCUAAACCUCUCCAUCUACGGCCAGCCGGUCGUCGAUACCGACUGGUCCGAGCAGUGGUUCUUUAUGAGCGGCCGCGUUCACCCCUACGCCCUCUCCUGGGAGGUGGAGCGCCGCGACGGGCUCGAGGCCGGCCCGGACGAUACUAUUCUCUACACCGUGCCCGCCCUUAUUGUCCGCGACCAAGGUUAUCAGCCCGUCCUGCCGCGCUCCUUGGCCUCUAGCGGCCAGUUCCCGUCUACGCCUCCCGUUGUCUCCUUCCAUGGCGUCGUAGCCGGGCCCGGCCUCGACCUCCUGCGUCGAGACUUCCUGCCCGGCGUCCCCUUUACCUGCACCGGAAAGGUCGUCGGCCUGCUCGACCACCGCGUUAUGCUCUCCCCCCCGGGCUCGGAGCGCGAUUACGUCUUUAUCAUCGUCCCGGACAGCUGGACCUUUGUCGAUAGGCCCUCGGCGGCGGCGGCGGCCGCCUCGGCUUCCCCCCUCACUACGCCCUUUAGGCGUCAGACCCAAUCCGCCUCUUCUACCUUCGAUUCCGUCCGUGCCGCCUUGUACUCUGUUGCCGCGCCGGCCUCGACCGCGCCGCCCCCCCUUUCCUCGGCCCCGGCCCCGCCAGCCCUCGACCCCGUCACGCCGCCGCCUAAGCGAUCGCCCCCGGCCCUGGCCGAUACGCCCAUGAAGAGGGCGCGCUUCCUGCAGCAGCAGUAUUCGCCGCUUUCCUCGUCUUCGAACACCGUCGGCUCCGCCGCCCCCUCCUCCUCUCCUCCGCCGGCCGCUUUUCCGUCUCGACCGGACGGCGCCCCACCCGUUCCCGCUCCGACGGGCAGCCCGGAUUCCCCUCUCAACUCUAUCGUCGCGAGCACCUCCGACCCGCCCGCACGCCCUCUUCGCUAUCGCAUGCAGAAAUAA